UCAAUUUUUGGCAGAUUUAGUCAGUGAUGGGGAAUCUAGAGUAAAGAAAGGUGGAUCAUCGGAACAGUGCAAAAUAAUUUAUCACUACGCUAGGCAAUUACGAGUAUUAUCUAAUUCUGAUACCAGUGAUAAAAAUGACGUCGUAAUACUAUGAUGACUCAAUGGCUCGCGCGCUCAUUUAUUGCUCAUAUUCUCUUCGGUUUCAAUUCAGUCAGUGUUUCGCUAGCGUCGUAACGAGUGGCGCACGUCUCGAACUUUAAACCAGUCGAUAUUAUGUGGCCCGAACGAAAGAAUAACAUUGAAUUUUUACAAUUAUGAUGUCUAUGGUGUAUACGGUGUACGGUUUCGCCAUAUUUUUUAUGGUGGCCUGGGUGUGUCUGUGGCUACUUCAUAUAAUGGCUUAUUCAUAUUCUAAAUGGAAGCUGCACAGAACAGUGGACCGGUCUCCGCCUGAGCAGCCCUAUCCUGGAGUUUCGAUCUUAAAACCUCUCACCGGCAUCGACCCUAACCUGCUGUCCAACCUGGAGACAUUCUUUACACUGGAUUACCCCACAUACGAGUUAUUGUUCUGUGUCGAGAGUAAAGACGACCCAGCAGCUCUAUUGGUGACUGAGACUUUGGAGCCGAAGUAUCCCCAUGUAGAUGUGAGGUUAUUCCGAGGUGGAAAGCGGGUCGGCGUGAACCCUAAAAUAAAUAAUAUGCAGCCGGCGUACCUGGCGGCAAAGUACUCGUUAGUGCUAGUGAGCGACGCCGGCAUACGCAUGCGAGAAGACACCCUGUUGGACAUGGUGCAGCAUUUGAGAGAUGACGUCGCUAUCGUCCAUCAAAUGCCGUUCGCGUGCGACGCUGAAGGCUUCGCGGCGGUGUACGAGAAGGUUUUCUUCGGCACCGCGCAGGCGCGGAUGUACCUGGGCGCCGACUUCCUCGGCAUCAACUGUCACGUCGGGAUGUCGUCGCUGGUGCGGAAGGACGCGCUCGACGACGUGGGGGGUCUGGCGGCGUUCGCGGACUAUCUGGCGGAGGACUACUUCCUAGCGCAGGCUAUAGUGUCGCGCGGGUGGAAGAUGAGAGUGGCGUCGCUGCCGGCGCUUCAGAACAGUGGAAUCCGGUCCGUGGGCGCGCUGCAAUCGCGACUGACGCGGUGGGCGCGGCUGCGGAUCGCCAUGAUACCCGCCACAACAAUGCUGGAAGUGAUUAGUGAAUGUCUACCGCUAGGCGCGGGCGCCGCGUGGGCCGCCGGCCAGCUGUUCGGUGCCGAACCUCUACCAUUCUUCUUGGUGCAUGUGUUAGUGUGGUUCCUCUCAGACUGGCUGAUGCUGCGGUCAGUGCAGAACGGAUCACCCCCAUUCACGAAAGUUCAGUUCCUGCUCGGUUGGUUGUGGAGUGAGUGUUGUGCACCAUUUGUGUUAGCCGCAGCGCUACUGAGCCCUGAGAUCUCAUGGCGGACUCGCAGCUACCGGCUCGACUGGGGCGGCCGAGCCCACGAGCUCAAGCCCUCAGUACAUACUCAAAAGCUUUAAUUUGUAAAUGUUUACUGGUGUAAAUGAAAUGCUUGGUGUGUGAAUCGUUUAGAUAUGAGAGUUUUAGUUUAUAAUUAUAUUUUAUGAUUUCUUAUGAGUGAACUUGUCACUUUUGUUUUAGAAAGUUGUGUACAAUUUUUACUGAGAAACUGAAUUUUUGCUAAGAAAUCAUUCUUAUUAUCAAUAUUAUUGUAAUUUGAUACUUAUGGCUCUUAUGGAUGCUUAGAAUUACUGAGGUUGCAUGCAAUAAGUAUUUUAUCAGUAAUUAUAGCUUAACAUUUAUGGGCCAGCUUUAAAAGGUAUGGUCAUGCAAAGGCCAUGUUGAAAGUGAUCUGUGAAUUAAUAAACUUGGGUCAUAAUAUCCAGCAAUUAUGUAAAGAAAAAUGAAUACAUAGACAACAGACAUAUUUCAGCUAAAAUAUAUUAUCUAAAUUGAGAUAAACUACCUACAUACAAUUCAUUUUUUUAGGUUUCACCAUUGGACCAUACCUAAAUUUAUAGGUAACUGACUCAUUCCAUUUGUGUACAAUGUCGUCAUUUAAAAAUAGAACAAACUGUGUUGUGAGUCAUAAAUUCCCAUCUUUUUUAAAACUAAUGUUUCCUGGUUAGAUAGAAUUCAGAAAAAAACGUUGCCCAGUUCUUAGAAUGUAAGAUUAGGAUGUAGUUUUUUGAAACAAAUGUUGGCAAUACUACUUAACAUUAUGAAUAUUUCCCUAAUCCAAAAAAGGGCCAGACAAUGUAAAAUGGGUGUUUGUGAUUUUAAUUAGUAAUUUACUCUUAGCCUUUCAGUUCCCGCGGAUCGGAUCGCGAUCGCGAAUUGUUGUUCAAUUGUUUUUAUUGUCUCCAGGAUCACUUUGAUUUUUAAUACCUGCAAAACAAAUAGGUGUUUCUUAUACAUUUUUGUAUCAAUAACAAAGUGAAAUACUAUUAUCAAUUUCUUGCAAUUAUGCAAAAUUUUGUCAUGAGGAUGGUCCUCAUAGCUGUAGAGUUCCUCUUGUAAAUUACAGUUGAUAUAAAAAUACGUUUUCGCUUAUCUUAAUUAAAAAAUGGCAAAUAAUAUUGGAGUAAGUAUAAAUUCUACUAGUUUUUGUUGAGGUAUAUAUGUUUUUGUUAUUGAUCAUUUUGAUGAUAUGAUUAAUAAGUAAAUUAUGAAGAUUAAAAAAUAUUGUUUUACAUACCUACACUUUUGAUUCUUAUUUUGUGUAUUGAGCUGGAUGGGAAUUGUGAGAAACAGCUACUUGUUUUCAUAUAACUGUGUACAGUCUGUUUUUAAUUACAAGUCCUAACAUAUAAACAAACAUCAACAAAUAAAUCAAGUAUUAGUAAAGUAAAAAAAAAUUAACCAUAAAAGUAACUUCCUAUAAAGUAUAUUUUAAUUUAUAUUGCAGAAAAAUAAUAAAAGACAUGGUAACUGUUUACAUAGUAAGAGUUGUAAAAAGAAAACAACUUUAGAUGUGUUUUACAUUUUAUUUAUGUAACAGAUUUCUAAAUAUAUACAGGGUUAUUGCAGAAAUAUUGUGUAAUGCUUUUCUAUGUGAUUUUAUUUUGAAUUGUACUUUCAUUGCACUACCAAAUUUCGCUAUUUUAAUCUGAAAUUUUGUGAAAAUACUUUCUGAUAGCCAUAGACAACAUAUAUGUAUGUACAUAUGUUAUCAUCAUAUCAGAUACUAUCUAGGCAUUGGAUGCCUAGAUAGUAUCUGAUAUUAUGAAUGACCCAUAAAAAAAGAAAAAGAAAUUGCCUAUGGCUAAGAUGUAAAUCUAUACUGUAUUAUUUAAAUUGCCAAGUAAUUCAAAAAUUUUCUAUACUUAAAAAAAAAUUGUUAAUAAAAAAGAGAACAAGCGUUUUUUUUUUCAAACGAGCGAAAUUUCGAAUUAUAUGGAAUUGGAAUUUGGUAGUGUUGCCGAAAUAUCGACAGUUUCAUUAUCGAUAGUUGGCCUUGAGACAUCUAAAUUAUUGAUAGCUGCAUACUAUAGUAGCGUCGAUAGUUUGAAGUACUAACGAUAGUAUCGAUACUAUUGAUUAUUUUGUUUCAUAUCAAUACUAUCGAAACAAUUGAUAGUCCUAUCAACAGUUCCACUAUACCCAAACUAUCGAUAGUCUCUCGAUAUCGGCCUAACAUUCGGCAAUACUAGAAUUUGACAUUUCUUAUGUACCUUUGGACUGUAAGGAAAGUUUAUGUACGGUUGUCUUCAAACACAAGGUCUGAUGGGACCAAGAAUAGGCUGUUUUUAAAGGAAAGCCUAACAAGUUUAUUUUGAAUUUUGUACCAAAGACAUUGAGAUUUAAGACUGGAAUAGAUUAGGUUUGAUGUCCAAAGGUUACAUCAUUAUUUAUUCUUCAAAAAUUAUGUAAUCAAGUUCAAAAUGUACGUAUAAGGCAAUCAGAUCAAUAUCUGAAGUUUUUCUUCCACAAGACACUGGUUAGAUGGAAGUUAUAUAGUUAGCAAUGCAACUUGUAAUGCAAAAAUAUUAUUUUUAUUGAAAUGAAAUUCGCUUGCCGCAGUCAAGAGCGAUAAGGGAACAAAUCAAAACUUCACGAUAUAUUCCCUCUAGAGCGACAAAGCGGAGUGUACUUAUUUGCUUCACAUUUUUUUCAAAUAACACCAUUACGACAACGCCUAAGAAAUAUUAUAAUGUACAAUAUAUUUUUCAAAAUGCAGAUUGUUAUAGUUAGUUUUUUAGGUUCUGGAUUUUAUUAUGAAUCGUUUUAUAAGUAAACAUUAUACCGAAUUCUUUAUAUGUUCACUUAUUUUUAACUAGUUUUAUGACAGGCAGGUAGAUAAAUUGUAUUUGUUUGUUAAUUGUAGUUGUAUUCUCUUUCACCACAAUAUCCACAUUGGAUUUUGUUCAUAUCUACGCUAUAUUCGCCUUCUGGCUUAUGAAAAUGUCUAACGGCCUAGUUACCUGUAGUACAGGAUCCAACAGGAUCCUAUAUCAGGGACUAGCCGCUUCACAAAUAUAACUUUUAUGUACCUAAUCAUCUGUAAGCCAAAAUUGCUGUAAUCUUCUAUAUUUGUGUAAAACUGUAACUGUACCUGUUCCUUUUUAUUUUGUGAAGUGGAAAUAAAGUCUAUAAUAUAUUAUUAUAAUAUAAUAUAUUAUAUAUGUACAAGAGGUUUUAUGUGUACACAUAAAUGCUGUCAACGUGUACCUACUUAAUAUAAGAAGUUAUUUUUUCUUACUGUCUAAUUUGGUCGACGACUUACAUGAUUAUUGAUUGGAUGGCAAGGUCUUGCUUAGUAAUCUAUAUAGUACUAACUUUUCCCCGCGGUUUCGCUCGCGUGAAUUUCUCUGCGAAAACGGAACAGACACCAUUUUAAUACAAACUUUUACCCCCAAUUAUAGUAAUUUUGGGAUUGAUUUUUGAAAAAAAUGUACCUACCAAGAAUUGAGCAUAAUAAGGACAAAUUGUAACAAGUGAUAAUUAUAUUAUUGAUUAAGUAGAUAUUUUUCAAAAUUAACCUUAAUUUGUAUUAAUUACGACAAAUAUUCACCACUGAUUGUACUAUAAUUAAUGCAGAAUAACUUGAUGUGCUCUAGACUGUACGUGUUAAACUAUGUAGAUACGUGGUGGACGUUGGAAAGUUAAUUUAUACAUUACAUUCUAUAAUCGAAAAAAUCUACGUAACGCGUUUUUGGGUAUUCACUUGGCGAAAAAACGUCGAUUUGUAAAUGUCUCUAAUUAUAGAUUCGCUAACAGCUGAUAUACAUUCACAGCUAUUUUAAAUCUUGCGCGUGCCACGGAUCGGAAUAGUGACCUCGUGCAAAAAAAUAAUGAAUAUCAAGGUUAACUUAUCGCACGAGCAGGAAUAUUUUAUAUUUCGAGCGAAUUUAUUUCAGCUAGAUAAAAUUUAAAUGUGUAUUUAAAUUGUGGUAUCACAAUGGACACUAUCAUUUGGUUGGAGCCAUUCGUUUCUAUUCGCCAGGGUAUCGAUUCUGCUAAAGUUAUUUCAUAGUCGUGUCUCGAUCGCUGUGCAAUAGCCAAUAACUAUUACACGAUUAUGACUUAAGGCCGGUGCAAACCGAAUUCGUAUGCACAGUUGUAUGUAUGGAAUUGUAACGCAAGUGUACACACGUGUGCGCACGCAUGUAAACGAAUCUGUAGGUAUUCGUUUACGAUUGUAAAAUCGUGUAACACAGAUGGGUGUACGCCCAGUAUUAUUAUAUAUAUAACUAUAUAUAAUAACCUCAUAACUAGAAGAAACUGGAAAAAACCGGGAGGAAACCCAUCAAUUGUGCUGCAUACGAAUUCGUCGCACGUCAAUGCACGGGCCAUUUAACUAGCAUUAACACUCAGUUUAAUAUAUAAUAGAAAAAAUCUUAUAUAUAUAUCAUACUACAUCGACACGACACUCGUAAACCGUGAAACUCAUUUUACCUUGACGCCGCCAGCGCGGUUAUCCGUAGCUAUGCGAUAGCGAUAAUAAUUUCAAAAUGAUCAAUCAUUGUCACAUUCACGCGUCAGUAACAGCAUUUAUGACUGAAUUCGUCGAGUAAAAUUUGGUUCCCUCAACAUGGGUCCAAACAAGAACCAUGUGUUGUUUUUUAACGUCCUAUCCGGUCCUACGUUUUAAUAAUUUAAUUUGACUACAUUGUUUUAAUAUCAUUAGUAAUUUAUCAAAUAAUCAUUCUUAGUUUUCGCAGACGUUGUGAUAAAUCGUCAUCAGAUUUUUCGUAAAAUUUUUUCCUAUCUGAAUUUUAUUUGAGCGUGAACAGCAGCAGCUAUUCGUAUCUAUAAACUAUUUAUUUUAUACACAUUUAGUUCUAUAUUGCUGUGAACCCACCGUCGCAUAGGUUCCGUUUGUAAAAUACCUCAGAUGCCAUUUAAAUCGGUACACAAAGUGGCAUAGCUGGUUGCCGAUUUGAAUAAAUAAUUGAAAAAAAUAUGUUAUAAUCGGGAAUUGUUCUAGAUUUUGAGAUACAUGUCCUCUUUUCGAAUUGAAUCCUUUCCGAUUUUGUCCAUGCUUACCCCAGAGCCUAAAAAUGAUUGUGUGUUGCAAUAAUUUAAAUAUAAUAUUUUAGUUAUUAUUUACUUGUGGAUACAAUGGAAAGAGGUUAGAAAAAUAGUGUUUUAAUUAAAUAACAACUCACAAAUUAGUAGGUACAUAUUUAAAAACCCAAAUUCUAUUUGAAUUGUAUAUUGUAUAAUAAUAUUUAAAUUGCAUCUGUGCCAUUGUACAUUAGCAAAAUUAUUGAAAAUGGCUUUACACCCAUUUUACAUACUCAUAUAAUAACGCGGUGCAAUUAUUCGUAAAACAACAAUCAUUGUUAUAAAUAUUGAUUUUUGUAUUUUAUUACAGGUCAAAAUGAUAACGCAAUGUAAACAAAACAGGUAUAAAAAGCAAUUAAUUCAUUAUUUUUUUGCCUUUUAUACAGAUUUUUUUCAUUUUUUUUCCGUCAGAAAGUGAAGAUUACUGAUUUUUAACGAACAAAAUUAUUAAUAAUUCUCAUUGCAAUACGAAAUGGUAAAGACGGGUUGACAAACACCCUAUGUUGCCAGCUAACAGGAGACAGCGCCCUCCUUUAUUUGUUUGUUUUGUUCACUUUCUUGAAAGACUGUAAAUUUUUUAAAUUAUAACAGUUGCAAAAUCUCAGUGAUUUUUUGAUACGUCGUAUAGGUUCCUUUUUUCAUUUAAUACAUUUAUAAGUAGUACAUUUGUUUAGGUAUUUGCAAUGUAUGCAAUCUUGACAUUUCAUUUUAUUGGAAAAAUAUAAGCACUUUAGAAAUUACAUUAAUUAUUAUAUGUACGGAUAAGAAGCUAUUAUUAUUUUCGUUUUUAGUCGCAAAUUAAUCUGACAAUAAAUGUUUGCAUUUUAUUGUAUAUUAAAUGUUAUGUUUAUAUUGAUUUUUUCAAUAAAAAACAUGUCAAGAUUAUUUACAAUUUUUCAAUUCAAGUACACUUGCAAGUUUGUCUGCCCGACUAAUACCUAUCAAUGCAAACACGGUGGUUCUGUUUUUAAUUCUGUGUUAAUCAUGAUUGGUUACUGUACAGAGACAUAAUUGAAUUAUAUAAAAGAUAAAUGAAUAAUUAUCAGCAUGUGUGAUUGUAUUAAUUCCAGACAUUAUUGCAAUUACGGGCUAAAACGCUGACAUGAAUGAAAACCUUAUUUGUUUUAGUAUAUAAAAGGUGUUAAAACCAAUGAAAAACUUAGUUAUUUUUGGUGAACCAUAAACAUGGAAAAAAACAACUUCCCAAAUACUAAUGAUUAAAGUUGAUUUGUGAUAUUAUUGUCCUAUGUGAAUUAAGAAUAUGUACAUUAGAUUUUUUUUCAGAA